GACUUGUGGAAGAAGGUGUUGAUCCCUCGAAUGAAGUAUCCUCCCGGCACAAUCUUCUCAAUCACUCACACUCCAGGACCAUACCUUUUCCAUUUAGUGACGUUUGUAUACAUUGGCAUCAUGACGUACGUUGCAUGGGAUGCAUACGCUAACCCGUACCACAAGGAUCGCAUGCAAGUGUUUAAAUCAAAGAUAUACCCAGAGUUGCAAGGAUGCCAAACGAUGUACAUGCUCCCUCUCAUGUCAGGAGCCGUUGAAUAUCUAUCUGGCAGACACUGGCCCCAUGGCACUCUACUAGGUCUUAUCCCUCCAACUGCUGCAUUUGUCACAGAUAGACUUGCUACUACUAAUACGGGUAGUGAUACUCAAACGAUUACUCUUCAAAACUGCGAUCCACAAACACCAUAUAUGAACAAAAUUAAAUCAAGUACUAGUUUACAAACAGCUUAUAAAAUUUAUUUGAAUGAACGUCAAUCAUAUUCUAAAUCACCAUCAUUUUAUUUUGAUAUAGCAUCAUAUUUUUUCUUACAAACUCAUUCUUCAAAUUCAAAACAAUUAUCAAUUAAUGUAUUUAAUCAACAUUAUGCACAGUCAAAUUAUAAUAUUUCAAAUGAAUAUCAAUAUUUUGGUUUACGUAUUCUUACGAAUGUUUUAGAAUUAGAAUUGGAAUCAAUACAAUUAUUACGAACUGUUGCUUAUAAGCUUGUUGAAUUUGGUCUUUACAAUUUAGCUGAAAAUAUUUUUCGACAUAUUGUAAAUUUGAGAUCGGACGAGCCACAAUCAUUUCGAGAUCCAGCAUUAUUAUUACAAGAAUCUAAUUCUGAAACAAAGAACCUUAUAGAAAUAUCAGAUCUAUUUAAGAAAGUUAUAUUUGAUACAAAUGAUACAGAUGUUGAUUUACAUGUCAUCGAACCGACAGGUGAAGAAUGUUAUUAUUCUCAUAAAAAUACAGCUAUUGGUGGUAUGAUAAGUCGUGAUUUUACACAAGGAUAUGGACCAGAAGAAUAUCUUGUUCGAAAGACAGUCAAAGGUACAUAUAUAGUUCGAGCAAAAUGUUUUGCUAAUCAUCAGCAAAGUCUAACGGGUGCAGCAACAAUUAUGGUACAUAUUUAUAAAUAUUAUGGACAAUCAAAUCAACAAAAAGAAAUUGUUACAUUACGAUUGAGUAAUAAUCAGGAAAUGAUCGAUGUAUGCAAAGUGAAUUUCAAUGAUGAUAUUCAACAAAUUUCAAACAAUACAGUAACGAAUAAUCAAAAUUUGAAUACGAAUAUUCAUUUGCAUGUGACGUGUGAUGGAUGUGAUAUGUCACCAAUAAAAGGAGAUCGUUACAAAUAUUUAUUUUGUCCCGAUAUUGAUUUUUGUCAAUCAUAUAAAUCUAUUAGUAGAACAAAUCAUAUUUCGAAUCAUCCAUUAUUAUGUAUUAAAGAUUCCAGUGAAUAUCCAAAGUCAGUUUAUUUAAAUAAUCAUAAUAAAAUCAAUCAUAAGAAUAAUCAAUGUAAUUCAUGUUUUAUGAAGCCGAUUAUUGGUAUUCGUUAUAAAUGUACUUGUGGACUUAAUUUAUGUGAAAAAUGUGAAUUCAUGGGUUUACAUAAUACAGAUCAUCGUCGCACAAAAAUAGUUAAAUCAGAAUGA